GGCGCGGCGCGGGCUGGAAAGGAGAUAACGCACCGCCACUCUUACUUCUGGAUUCACUGAUCUGACCCCGGCAACCUCUUCGCUCAAAAGAAGGCGAAAAAUGGCGGAUAAUGACAACUCAUCAUCUGGGAAGCCCUUUGUCGGUGAGAUCAAAAGUGGGCUGAAGCCAUCGAUGAAGAUGGCCAUCGUGGGGAUAGUUCAUUCAAAGCCGAACAGCUUUGUAAUAAGUCUCAUCAGCAAUCCUUUGGAACCAGAGACAGACAUUGGCCUUGAAGUAACUGUUAGCUUCCGGGAUCGCUCAGUUGUACGAAAUGCCAAAGUUUCAGGCAAAUGGGGAAAAGAAGAGAAAAAUAUACCUUAUUUCCCUUUCGCACCUAUGCAGCACUUCAAGAUGGAAAUCCUGUGUGAGCACCAGCAGUUCCGGGUGCAGGUCGAUGGACAGCAACUGUUUGAUUUCACAUAUCGUUUCCAGCAAAUACAAAAAUUAACUGCAUUAAAAAUUAUAGGUGACCUUCGACUGACGAAAGUAGUUUAAUCUUUGUCAUAUGUUCUUUUAAAAAAAAGAUACAAGUUCAGGAGCUGGUUUCCCCAGUAAGAAUUGUUUUAAAAGUCUGCAUUUUCUCCAAUGCUGCAACAAUUUACCUUCUGAGCAGCAACAUGAUUUCUAGUGAGCAGUGAAAAAAUGUACCUUUUGGAAAACUAUUCAGGAUUUGUUCGAUGGUUUUGUGGACUUAGGUUUUUCAAAUAUUGGAUUUGACUUUAAAAGCAAACCAACAAAUUGGACUGUUAAGAACCUUCUUUGUUUAAUUAAA